UGGUAAAAAAUAAAUUUUAUCUCAGAAAGAUAUUUGAUUAUGGUUGCAGUGCGUAUAUGUCCAUUGCUCUGUAAUACAUGUUAAAACUGAGGAGGAAAAAUCGAGUUAUCUUUAUUUUUGGUAGGAGAAAUGGUUUAUUAAUGACGUAAUGCGUAAACCUCUUAGAUUGAUGUUGCCUGAGCAACAUUGUGUUUAAAGUCAAGCUCACGAGAAGAGUAGGGAGUCAAAGGUUUCUUAAUAUAAACCCAGCUGCACGUAGAGAGUCUCUCUCUUUCUCUGUCUCUUUCAGAUCAGUAAAACAUAUCUGUUUUUUUAUCCUUUUAUUUAGUUAUUUUUAAUAACGUGACAACGUCCUAAAAUGACUGUCUCUUUCUGUUCUGGUGUCAGUAAACAGCCUCGUGUGUAGAGCUGUGCACUAAGACGCACGCUAACCUAAAAUUCAUUUAAUGUUCCAUCAGAGAUAUUCUUUUGUUUGUGAAGAAGUACAUUCCCAUCCAUAACUUUGCUUUCACAUACAGCGGGAUGCUGGAUUUUCUCGGAUAUAGGACUAAAUCAAGGUCGGCGGACACUGCCCCUACUUUGGUCCAUGCAGUAAACAAGUCGCUUGAUUGGAUUUUCUUUAUAUACUGUGAUUUAAUAAGGAAAACACAAACGUAAGCUAGUCCGAGCAAUUUUCGUUGUGCAAAAUGCCAUGCUUUCCAUUGGUUCCUGUUUACAUGAUGCCCACAGGAGACACCGUGAUUGGUGGUGCUUUACACGUGACCAGACAACUUUGUACAUUUGACAGGGAGUAGGAGGGUUUUGUGGAGAUCAGAAAAACGACAGCGCGAUAAAAAUUAGUAUUGUUGCACUUCACAAAUUAAUGACCAUGAGUUCCUAUUUGAUAAACUCGAACUAUAUCGAACCAUCCUUUCCUCCAUGCGACGAAUACCAACAAAGCGGAUACAUCCCCACGCCCGGGGAUUACUACGAACGGCAAAAAGAUACAGGUUUUCCCCAUCACGACGAUGCAUCCUAUCCGAGGUCAAACUACACAGAUCCGAGCUACGAUUACGGCAAUGUCCCCACCAACGGACUGGACGAUUUCAGCGACGGGCAUCACGCACAGCCGCAGCCCGUCCCCCAGAGCCACGGUACUCGCCUCAACACGGUUCCCGAGAGCGGCGCAGGGACGAACACCAGCAAAGACUGCAGCCUUGCAAAUGAGCCAUAUCCCGGUGUACCAAAGGGCAAGGAACCGGUGGUCUAUCCAUGGAUGAAAAAGGUCCACGUUAGUAACGUCAGUGCCAGUUACAACGGAGGAGUGCCCAAGAGAUCCCGCACCGCCUACACUCGCCAGCAGGCUCUUGAGUUAGAGAAAGAAUUCCACUUCAACCGUUAUCUGACCCGACGCAGGCGGGUGGAGAUCGCGCACACCAUGUGUCUAUCCGAACGCCAGGUGAAGAUUUGGUUCCAGAACCGACGAAUGAAGUGGAAGAAGGACCACAAGCUGCCCAACACAAAGAUCCGCUCCUCCAACACAGCCUCGACUUCAGUCUCUGGUGCCCAGCCGCAGCAGAUCAAAACAGGCCAACAGCUCGUGCCUACACCGUGCGCCGCCAGUCUAUAGUGCGUGAACCGCAGCAAACCCACACCACAACACAGACUGAGAAUGCAAAUUACAAAAGUGGAAAUUUUUGUGGACCGACUUUCCGGUGUGUUACACAUGUUGUAAUCCCCCCCCCCCCUUUUCCCAAACUUCUGCCAUUGGGUUUUACAAGUCCAUCGUUCCUUGAAAACCACCUCUGCUCCUCGUUUGUCCUCGUCAUAUAAGCUUGAAAUUCACCUCUAAUCACCCAAGACGGCAACUGAAGUGUACAUGUAUUUGUUUAAUUUUAUGAUACAAAAAAGGGGAACGCACGUUCAAAGCAAGGACUUGGGUUAAUAUACAGGUUAAAUGAAGUGAGGCAAACGUAAGUCAUUUUUUAUCAGUAUUAUCAUUUUUUGUAUUGCUCAUGGAAAAGUCUAAUAUACUUGAAAGAUAUAUAGCAAAUCUCUAGGUCAUGCAGAGUAACAUUGUAGUUUUUUUUCUGUGUGUGUAAGAGAGUGUGAGUGAGAGCGAAGGAUAGAUAGUGUGUGUGUGUGUGUGUGUGUGUGUGUGUGUGUGUGUGUGUGUGUGUGUGUGUGUGUGUGUGUGUGUGUGUGUGUCUGUGUGUGUGUGUGUGUGUGUGUGUGUGUGUGUGUGUGUGUGUGUGUGUGUGUGUGUGUGUGUGUGUGUGUUUCUGUCUGUCUGUGUGUGUGUGUGUGUGUGUGUGUGUGUGUGUGUGUGUGUGUGUGUGUGUGUGUGUGUGUGUGUGUGUGUGUGUGUGUGUGUGUGUGUGUGUGUGUGUGUGUGUGUGUGAGAGACAGAGUGUGUUGGUUUACUGUUGAAUGUAGCCCAGGUGACUUUUGCAUCUGAUGUAUAUAGACAAAUCACUAAGAAGGCACAAUGAAAAUAACAUUUUGUCUUUAGAAUUAUGUUUGUCGUUCUAGUUAAGUCGUGAUAGUGUACCACAUGUCGUGCUGUGUUCUAAACUGUGAAUAUCUGUAUGUUCUGUCGAAAUAAUUGUCGUUGUAAUGUAGGCUAAAUAGCUGUUCUUGUGAAAUAAAUAUAUUCUUCACUGAAUGAUAUGGCUUGAAAAAUCUGCAUAUAGAAAUGGCGCACAUCGAAAUGCUGAAUAAUUAUACACGGGCCAAUUGCAUAGGAUAAUAUAUUUUUUCGUAUUGUUUUUUAUUUAGUAUUAGGGCAUCGUCCGUACGUUUCGUCACCUUCGUUGUUUUGAGUAGUCAGUUUGUGAUUUUUUGUAAGGAUAUUAAAAAAAGCAAUUGAUAUUAUUUGCAAUUUUUAACGGUGUCUAUUUCAUUUCAUACAUGAAUAAGAGUUACCCUCCUCUGUUCUUAAAAUAUAGCACGGACGAAUUGUUUUAUAAGAGGCCACACUCAUUUGUUUCGUUCCCGAUUGUUGUCUUUUUCUGUCAACUGUGUUUGUAGCAAUAUCAGUCAACACGUUAUUAUAAGUAUCCCUAACAAAGUUUAUAGACGUUUUCAUCGAAUAAAUUAUUGAAGAGUAGUUGUUAUAGAAUAAUUUAUUUGUUCUUAUUACAGAAACAGCUUGAAGUGCUAGUUCCACUACUCGCGUUAGGUCUAAACAUUGAAAGGGUUUAUAGUAAUCCAGCAAACAGUUUAUUUUUGUAAAGUCCAUAGCAAACAUAAGUGAACUAAUGUUUAACUGUUGUUUGCUACCUGCUACACUCAAACAAUAGGAAGUUCAACCAGAGGACACAACCGUCACUGACCAAUCAGCGGCGCGCAGCCCUUCUCCUGACCCCUGACCUUAAGACACGCACAAUGUUCAUAUCAUACAUCAGUGUAAUACCACUUUGGCUUUCUUCAUUUCGUGUUUUCUUCAUCAAACAAUGCCCUGAAAAAAUGUGUAGACCUUAAUGUCUGACUUGUAUUACUAAACGUUUUCAUUUUUCUGCACAUUUCUAUACAGCAGUGUUGCGGAAAUAGUUGAUGAUGGCCAGGAUACAUAUGUACAAACAAAAUACCUAACAUUUUGGCAUGAAUUCCAGCCCUCUUUUUAGAUAAUAUAUCUUUAGGAAAUAGAUUGCCGAUUACCUUGCACGAGGCCUAAUUGAAAAAUCGGAUAGGCCAUAAACAACCGUUCUGUGCGUGAGAGUCCCAUUGCUGCGUAAUUUGCCUUUAUUUUUUAGUCAUUAUAUGAAAUCGUCAUAUAAUGGCCACUAACUUGUCAUCUUCUAUUGUCAAAAUCAUUCCGGGCAUACUUUACGCACAGACAUAGUUGUAGGGAUGUGCAAAAAAAUUGCGUUUGACCUGAUUGGCACCCAUUUUACGCAACCUAUCAAGAUGUCGAACAAGUUAAAUUCAAGAUUUCCAUUCAUUUUAUACCACAAUGGAGGUCACUUCCAGGGUUUUAAAAUUUUAAUUCGCUCAUCCACGUGACUCGAUGAAUAAUGAAUGCCCUCGGGUCAGAAAUAGAUAUGAAAUUCGGCCGUAAUUCCAUUUGAAGUGAUCCUCAGCAGUGUGCGAGAUACAGUUCUGGUGAUAAGCUCUAGGUUAUUCCUUCGUCCCUUUUGAAGAAGCCUUCGUGACUCUGUGUGAGUAUAUUUCAGAUUCUCAGCAAUUCCUUUGGGUCUUUAAAAUGAUGUAAUUUCGGCUCACCUGCACAUAAGAGUAGGCCUAACUAAUUAGUUGGAUGUACAUAGCAAAACAAAAUAUAAACCAAAACAAAACAGUCUUUUGGUGCCGUUUUUCGCACGUUCAUUCAUUUCUUCCGGGCGACUAACCAUUUAUGUUAUCAUUAUGAAAAAAAGGGACAAACAAGGCGUUUAGUAAUACAUGUUUUGGGUGAUAUUUAUAUUGUUGUCUUGUUAGCUGUAGCAUAAACUGUUUAUAGCCUGCUCCUGUGCUCAAUAAUAAUCUAAACGGGGGCUUAAAAAUAUGAACAUUGGUCUUAUAAAUAUGAGGCCCUAAAUGUAGGAUGUCAAACAAUAAGAAUCCACUGUGUAACAAACAACCUGAUAAUUCGAUUACAAAAGCUAAAUCCCAUGGCAACUUGUUGAACAACAUAGGUCGAAUUUAAACAAAUAUAGUUUAUUGCCUCAGUAAUGUGAGGCUGUUUCACCUCAUUAGUAGGCCUAUUCUUUAUUCAUAUGAUUUAUGUGUAACUUAGUGUUAACACUUUAAAAUUACAGUUAACUGUUAUUUUGAAGUACCAUGAAAGAUCUGAAAGGCUUGACCACAUAAGGGACAGAAGACUAUCAAUUUGGUGGAUUAAGAUUCCAACGUCUUUAUCAUAUACGGAUUAUUGGUGAUAUUAGCAUUAAUAUUGUCAUUUAUUUUAUUAUUUAUUAACAUACUAUUGGUAUGAUUAUUGUCUUUAUGAUAUGCUAUUAUUAUUACCAUUAUCAUGAGCCCUUAUAUUAAAGCGGAGCCUGUUAUUAGCAUCAUAAUAUGUUAGUAGCCUACCUGAAUUUCUAGUGGUCUUAUAGUUGUAGUUUUGAAAUAGAAAAAAAUACAAAAAGCUAAUACAACACAAACAAUACAAACAAAUAUUGACUCUUUAUUGAAACUAGUUAAACAAUCCACAUGAACGACUCACAGUUCAAACAUUGAAACGCAUUCAAACUCUCCUUCUGCCAUUAAACAGUGAUCCAGAAGGGCACUAGAUAAACUGUUGUAUUUCACAUUAGCCUUGAUGUUGGCGGUUGUAAACCUUCGAGUAGCAUUUAUCUUUAGUGGAGUUUAUCGGUAACCUAAGCCUACUCGUUAGACCUCCGGAUGUCAACAUUGUGGGGAGAUAUGUAGCGCUCUCUGGCCGCCAUCCAAAGAAAGAAUGGUGACAAGUGGUUGGCGCCUUUAGUUCCCUUUAGUUGUCAGCAAAUAUGCAUUUGCGAAUGCAUACCUCUAUUCAAACAACGGAGCAGUGUUAUGAACGUUCAAAACCAUAUGUUCAAAUUAUAUUUGCCUACGAAUUGAACCACAGUUAGGGUCCAGGUCUUAUGGGUCUUAUAAGGUAGUGUAUACGUUCUUAGGAAUAAGAUCGAUUGUCUGUAAAACAAAUGUCCUUGAUAGACUAUGUGCCUUCUUUUCCAAGACUUCUGGAUUUUAAACUUCACACUUUGGUUGUCUCUCCCCGGGUCAGGGAAAAGUUCAGGUGCGGUGGCGAAAGGCUGCGUGGGAGUAUAGGGUCUGCUUUCUGUCCUGCGUUACGUCCGCCAAACAUUCUCCAGCGCCUCCAACAUUCUCCAACUUUCCUGUUUUGUUGACGAUCCUGGAUAAACACAUGGACCACGAUUAAAAAAAAAGCACACAAAUAAAAUAAAAGAACAAGAAAGUACAACCGUAACAACGACAUCCAAACAGCAUGCUCCAUAACACAAUCAAGCACCGCGUAAACUAUCUAAAUUGUAUUACGCGUAAACUAUCUAUUACGCGUUCGGUGCUCUCGGCCAUUAUAUUUGCAUUGUGAAGAUGCAUUGAAAGAUAUGCUCUUCUCCAGCCCGUGCCUUUAAAAGUUUACUGCUCAACUUGUAGUUUGAGAAAACAAAGGCUGGUGUGGGAGUGGGGUGAUGUUCAUGUCCGCCCAGAAUGAUUAAUA